GCUGAUCAGCAAAGAAACCACGCAAGCGCAGAAGUUCGAACAAGCUCCAACGCGGGAAAGAAACAUGGCGGCCUUACACAACUUGACCGAUAACUAUUACUCCGAAAACUGUAACGUAAAUGGGGAUGUGUGUCCCCAGAAGAUCAAACCCGGCAUCGUCAACAAAGUGACGGUUAUUUUAGGAGCACAGUGGGGCGAUGAAGGGAAGGGUAAAGUGGUCGAUAUGCUCUCCGAGAAGGCGGACUUAGUUUGCCGGUGUGCGGGUGGCAACAAUGCUGGACACACAGUUGUCGUUGGUGACACAGAGUAUGACUUUCAUUUAUUACCAAGUGGGAUUAUUCAUGAGCACUGUAAAAAUGUUAUUGGUAAUGGAGUAGUCAUACACUUACCAGGAUUAUUUGAGGAGGCUGAACGGAACAAUUUAUGCAACUGGGGUGAUCGACUCAUGAUAUCUGACAGAGCACAUUUAGUGUUUGAUUUGCACCAAACAGUGGAUGGACUGCAAGAAUUAGCAAAGGGAAAAAACAGCAUUGGAACAACCAAGAAAGGUAUUGGUCCGACGUAUUCCAACAAAGCCGGUCGUAGUGGUAUAAGGAUCUGUGAUUUACUGGGUGAUUUUGAGCUGUUUUCUAACAAAUUUCGAAAUCUUGUGAAUGCGUACCAGAAAGUCCAUCCUGAGUUGACCGUUGAUAUCAAUAAAGAACUGACGAAAUACAAGGAAUAUGGGGACAAGAUUCGUCCAAUGGUUGGAGAUACGAUAUAUGCAUUAUUUGAAGCUCUCAAUGAUCCCCAUAAAAAUAUUAUUGUUGAAGGCGCUAAUGCUACAAUGUUGGACAUUGAUUUUGGCACCUAUCCAUAUGUGACAUCAUCAAGCUGUUCAGUUGGUGGAGUGUGUACAGGUCUGGGAAUUCCACCGUGUAAAGUAGGUGACGUGUUUGGUGUUUUUAAAGCCUAUACCACAAGAGUUGGUGAAGGGAUUCUACCAACAGAACAGUUUGGGGAAGUGGCAGAGAUACUACAAAAACAAGGUCAUGAAUACGGGACAACAACAGGACGUAAAAGACGGUGUGGAUGGCUAGACAUUAUGGUCAUUAAAUAUUCUCAUAUGGUCAAUGGAUACUCUGCAUUAUGCAUGACAAAGCUAGAUGUACUGGACACUUUUGAAGAACUCAAAGUUGGUGUUGCUUACAAAUAUCAUGGAAAGACAUUGUCUUCUUUCCCAGCUGAUCAAGAUAUGUUCAACUCUGUAGAAGUAGAAUAUGUCACAUUACCAGGUUGGAAAGAAAGUACUGCAAAUUGCAGGCAAUUCAAUGAACUUCCUGUUAAUGCACAGCAGUAUAUAAAGACAAUAGAGGAACUCCUGGCAGUGCCAUUAAAAUGGAUUGGAGUCGGUAAAUCAAGGGAGUCUAUAAUACAGAGGUUUUGAGUGACUUGAAUCCUAUGAUGAAUGACCUUUUUGUCAAUAAAAAGGGAAUAAUGUAAAUACUAAAAACAAUGUAAUAUUUUGUGAGUUAUAUUUGUGAUAUAUUGAUGGUCUCUAGGAAGCUAGUUUUAUGUCCAUUGAUAUUAUUUAGGAUUAGGUGUUUUUCUGUAAGUUACAAUCAUGUGAGGUUGAACAGAUAAUGUAUUUUUUUGACGACUUUUAACUGAAAGUGACUGUAGUAUAUAUGUUCUUUAUUAUGUUGAUGUUUUUCUGUUGGGGAAAAAAAUAUUGAAGUUUGGUUUAUUUAUUGUUAAAAGUACUUUAUUUUGUGAGAGAAAAUAUUUGUAUUUGAAGCAUAUUUACCAAUGAAGUAUUUUAUCUGAUGUAAUCAUGGUUUAGUUGAACCAAAGACUUUUUUUCUCUUGUCUUGUUUCAACAAGGUCAUUAAGUGUCAUGCUGAGUUAACCAUAAUAUAAUGUUUUGGAAAUGAUUGUAUUUAUAGAAGUACCAGUUAUAGAUAGAUCAUUUCAUUUUUUCAAAAUUCAGGGAUAGACUUUUAACAUCAUGCUUAUUUUAGAAUUUGUAUAAAUAUCCUAUUUGCUCUGUUAUUUUUCUGUGAAUAUUUACAAAAAUAAGUGAGAUUGGUUUCAUGAAUGGAGCAUAUUUUAUAGCAACAACAUGUUGUUGGUCACAUGGAGUAGAUUAUAUUAUUAGUGUUUGUUUUAGAUCAUCAAUUGUUUUAAUAGUCUUCCAAUGUGGGCAUGACCUUCCGGCUGAGGUGGGGUGAGGGAUGUGAAUGAGGUAAUUAUAAAUGUAAGUUUAAAAGGGUUAAUUAAUAAACAUUUUUGCUGACCCUGAAACAAACAAAACCAAUGACUAUUUCAUUAAUUGUAAAAAAACAAAACAAAAACAAUAUGGUCUCAAUCUUAUUAAAAUCUUGUAUAAUUAUA